AUGAGUUCCACAACAGCUGCCAUACGAACAACAACAACAACAACUUAUCUCGAAGGCGGGAAUAAGGCGAGUACCGCCUCUUCAUCUAUUCUCCCCUCAUCAACAUCAUCUUUAGAUAAAGAUAAUAAUAACUGUAAUCUGUGCCCCAAAUCGUUCCCCAGUCAAAAACUAUUACAACAACAUCAGCAUAUGUUUCAUACUGAUAAAGCAUUUAUUUGUGAAAUAUGCGCUAAAGCGUUCCGCUUCCGCUCAAAUCUUGCCGAACAUCGCUCAGUUCAUACCGCUCUCAAGCCAUAUGUUUGUAAAUUUUGCGGAAAAUCUUCAAGGCUUAAAGUUAAAUUAAACUGUUCUUAA